GUCCAGUUUCCUGGGCUUAACUGCACCCCUGUAACAGCUGCUGAGUACUCUGUACCUCUCCAGGGUCUGUCACACUCUUUGAGCUGGGACUAAGACCUUCUGAGUGUAAGCUGUAGAUAGCUGUGCUUCCAGAGGGCUUCCAGAGGGUGUGCGGGACACCUGGAAAUUGCAGGUGGCUUCUUUCCUUCUCCCACCGCAAGAGACAGCUGUGCUGUGUGUUUGCCUGGGUACAUGUGUGCAUAGAAGGAAUGCAGAGCCAGCUAGGACUCUGUGUGACUUGGAGUGGGUGGGGAAAUGAGCACAGAGAGAUCUUGGAAGAUUCCCUCUCCUCUUCAACUUCCUGCCUGAAUCUUCCUUUAGCAAAUCUUGAAGCAGGCCCCAAGGGGCUGGGAAAAUUGUUAAAGUAAGAGAGAUCUGAAUGGUUCUAGGUAGAGGUGAAGAAGCCAGGGAUAGAGGAUAUGCUCUGUGCGGGUGCUGGUUUUGGAGCUGGUUUCUGUGGAGGGAGGAGGGGCUGGGACUCGAUCUCAGGGAGGGAGACCAAGGAGCCUGGGUUGGGAGGAAUCCCUUGCAUUCCUGGGGCCAGCAGAAGGAGGGAGAGCUGACACUGGGCAGAGCAGGAGUGGGCAGAAGGGAUAAAUGUUCCACUGAUGGCUUCUCCUUCCCCUGGCAAUGGGCUGGCAGGUCUUACCACCCACUGGUGGGCUCUAUGAGUACAGAAGCUAUGUCUACCUCUACUGUCUUCUUCAGCGUUUGGGCCCACAUGGUGCGUGGGGCUAGUGAACCUUCAGCAAUGACUUUGGUUAUUGUUGAACCUUCUGAGGUUGAGAUGAUUCAGAGUUUAAGGAGGGGGCUUGGAGAGAGACCAGAAUUUUUGAAAUUAAUGGGAGUAGGGACUUGCCCAAAUGGACUGAGGGUCAGCACUGAGGGACAACCAGGCAUUACAAGUUAUGCAUUUCUCUCCAGCAGCUCUGUUAUCUGGAAGGGUGAGUCCCUGUAGAAGCAGACUUUAUUGCUAGCUGCCUCCCACUCUUCCUGGCACUUUCCAUCUAUACAGUUUCCAACUAAUUUGGAAAUAUUUUGGCCAUUGUUUCUGCAAAUGUUUGUUUUUUCCUCUUUCCACCCCUUUCCUUUCUGUCAAGGACUCCCAUUAAGUAUAUAUUAAUAUAUCACAUUUAUUAAUGGCCCCAUUGAUGCUCUUACACCCUCUCCCCACAACUAGGAAUUGAACUCAGGGCUUCACAGAUACCAGACAAGCACUCUACAACUGAGUUGUGUCCCCAGCCCAUCUUAAUAGACUUAUUAACUUCCUCUUUACAAGUUGUGUUUUUCUGUUUCAUUGUAUGCAUUGGAUGCCACACAUUGUGAAUUUUGUCUUGUUGGAUUCUAGAUAUCUUUGUUUUACUGUAAACAUUCUUCAGCUUUUUUUCUUCUUCUGGGAUUCAUUUAAGUAAGUUGGAAUCACUUUGAUCCUGUGAACUCUUAACCAUCUUGGGUUCAGACUUCUAGCUCCAUCUUCUCAACUCAGGCAGUCUUCAGGACUCUAUCUUGAUUUCUUCUCCCUGCUCUGUGACCUGAAAACUUUCUCUAAGCAGUAAGCAGGGCCAGCUGGAAGGCUCAUUUAUUUCCUGUCUUUCAGGGGUCACUAUCCUUUGCUGCUUGUUGUCCAGUGUCUUGAAAAUUGUUGUGUACUAUAGUUGUUUUAUUUUUUUAUUUUGGUUGUUUUUGGGGAAAGGAUAAAUCUGGCCCCUGUGUUUUCAUCUUGGGUAGAACACUUCUUCAACUUUCAAACUGCCAAGAAACACUUUACACGCUACUUUUGUUAUUGCCAUUUUACACCUGAAAACAUGGAGGCACUGGGGAAUUGAACAAGUCCCAGAUGUCUGAGCUAGUUGGUGGUACAGUUGGAGCUGACCUAGAGUCAUGGGUCUGUAAGUCACAGGUUUCAAAGCAGGGCUAGCGCCCUCUCCGUGGGCGGUACUGAGAGGCGCAAUCAGGAGCUCAGCUCUGGGAUCCCAGGCUGGGUGGGGAAGACUGGUCAGAGAGCUUCUGGCAGGAGUGUGUCCUUGCCCAUUUUGUGCUGCAAUAACGGAAUACUUGAGACUGGGUAAUUUAUAAUGAACAGGGAUUUACUGACUCGUUCUGGAGGCUGGGGGGCUGUCUCUGUUGAAGGCCUUCUCGGUCAUCUGACGGUGGAAGGGCAAAAGGAGGGUGAGAGAGACAGCAAGAGGCAAGCUUUUACAAGUGAUCCACUCCUACAAUAAGCAUCGAUCCAUUCUUGAGGACAGACCCCGUGUGAUCCAGCCACACCCAGUCAGCCCCACCUCCCCACACUCUGCACUCGGAAUCAAGUUUCCAACACAUUUAGGGACACAUUUUAAUCACAGCAAAGAGGAAUGCAGGGGCACUGGGGAGGGUGUGGGGAGGUGAGAGCAGGGAGGCUGUGUUUAGCUGGUAGGAAGGAGGUCAGAGGCACAGCCUUGAUAUGAGAGGACUUGUAUGAGGGAUACAGGCAUUGAUCUUAGGGAGAAUGCUGGGCCCAGCCUGGAGAGAUCCCAAUCUGAAGGGGCAGGGAAUGUGGAAGGGCAGAGACUAAAACCAGAGAUGAUCAGUAGGUCUGUCUGGCUGGUGGGCAGGAGGGGAAACCAUUCACAGACCUCCUUCUGAAGGAGGGGUGUCUCAUAAAGCCCAGGUCUUUCUCCCAGGCCCCACUGUGUCUUCCUGUCUCCAGGUCCAAUCUCAGUUUUGUGUGUAGCUGAUGUACCAUGUGCCAUGUGAAUGUAUGUUCUGUGCACCUGUGUGGGUGUGUGUGCAUGCUUAAACAUGUUCAUGUGGGCUUAAAUAUGUGUGUGUUCAAUGCCUCGGUGGUCAAAACCCAUCAAGACCCCAUAGGCCUGGUUUCCUUCCCUGCUUGGGUUGCACCUCCUCAGAUGUCUGAGCCCCCUGCCCCAUUAUGCCUUGCUCUCCAGCUCCCAUCCCCAGAUGGAUGCCCAGGUCCUAACACCCCCUCUCUCACAGGGCCACCUUCUCCCCAGACCCUCCAGCAACACCUCUGCUCCAGGUUCCGUCUCAGUCUGCUUGCCCUGGGCUUCAAUGUCCUACUGCUGGUGGCCACAUGUGUGAUUGGGUCCCAAAGCACACAGCUGCAAGUGGAGCUGCAGGCCCUGAAAGAAGCGUUCAGCAAUUUCUCCUCCAGCACCCUGAUGGAGAUCCAGGCUCUAGACCUCUAUGGAGGCAGGGCAGGUGGCAAGUUGACAUCCUUGGGAGCCCAUUUGGAGAAAAAGCAGAAAGAUCUUCAAGCAGAUCAUGCUACCUUGCUCCUUCACCUGAAGCACUUUCCAGUGGAUCUGCGCACCCUGGCUUGUCAGAUGGCAUUCCUCCAGAGCAAUGGCACAGAAUGCUGCCCCGUUAACUGGGUGGAGUAUGAAGGCAGCUGCUACUGGUUCUCUCGUGCUGGGAUGACCUGGCCCGAGGCUCGCAAUUACUGCCAGCUGGAGAAUGCCUACCUGGUGGUCCUCAACUCUUGGGAGGAGCAGAAAUUCAUUACACAACACACCAGCCCCUUUCAUACCUGGAUAGGUCUCACAGACAGUGAAGGCUCCUGGAAAUGGGUGGAUGGAAGCGACUACAGGCAUGGCUACAGGAACUGGGCGCUCUCUCGGCAACACAGCUGGUGGGGCAGCGAAGCGGGUGGAAGCAAAGGCUGUGCUGAAGUCCUGUCCAGCGGCUUCUGGAACGACAAUUUCUGCCAGGAGGUGAACCGAUGGGUGUGUGAGAUGCGGCAGAAUAUCACCGACUAGGAGCCCCUUGCCAGCAGGACUUUCCAUGCCCCACCCCUCUCACCUGAGGAU